AAAAAUUAGAAUAUGAGCUUCUCAAUUAUUCGUCUUCUACCUUUUUUUUUUCCGGCUUCAAAAUCUUUAACGACUUCAUGUUAGAAUCAUUUUAGAGGAGAAAAAAAAAUCUCGACAGAUUCAAACAAAUCUGUUGAGGUCUUCGUCACUCCUUCUAUUUCCUUUUUUUUUCUUUUUUUCUCCUUGAAUCCUUCCACAUCUCUUCCCCUCGUCUCAAUCAAUAUCUGCCCCUCCUCCCGCUCCCGAUAUCCAGAAAGAUAUCGUCGCAAUGCUCGUGCGACCUCUUUCAGCCCGGCAGGGCAUAUUGCUGCCGAGGCUCAACACAACAAGACGGCCUCAAUUAAUCGCUAGAAACCCAUCUCCACAUUCCCUUUAUAUUCCAAAUCGCAGAGUCUUGACAACAGCCCCAGCCGAGCCACUAACAAGAAGGAGGAGGGACUCAGUGUCGAAAGAUCCUCACACAACUGUCCCCAAGAGGUCUCUUGCUACUGCAAUGACCAAUCCUAUACGCCAAGAUGAGAUUCGCUUUGAUCAAUACCAAUCACACAUCUCUCACAACUACUCAUCUCCCUUAACUCCUCGAUUAUACGAUAUACGACCCUUCGACCCUUCUUCACCAUUACUUAUUAACCGAAAAGAUGACAUACCCUUCCCACGUUCUAGAAUGAACACCAAUGGCAUACCUGGUGGUCUUGAUGAGAUGCUAUCGGUUUUUGAUGCUUGCCUACACGUUGGCAAAUUAGACAGAGCCGCUCUUGUCUUGCUCCGGUUCGGCGACAUGGACGUCUUAGCCGCCCAUGACCUAAUCGCCCUUCACAACCAGUACCUUCGCGUAGCCAUGAACAAAGCCUUCGAUGAACCAGACCCCAAAUGGGCUCAAUCCCUCCAUAGAUGGUUCGAGGUACAUAUCAGAGGCAAGCGCAUACCUCACAAUGCCGAGACUAUCGCAUGCAUGUUAAAAAUAGCCCUUCUCUCUUCUCAAGGAGAGAGGCUCGAACGGCUCGUGGCUCGGUAUAUGGAUUUGAUGCCUGGUGAUGCCAUAUAUUCAGUCCUCUCCCAAGACGAAAUAUUGUCUCAACAAGACCUCGGUGUUAUUACCAGCAUUUAUAAGCCCGCUUCCGAUCUUCUAGAGGAAUUUGAACCCGUGGCGGAGGAGACGGAGGAGACGGAGGCGAUGGAGAAGACGGAGAAGACAGAUACCAGUUUAUCCCAAUCGACGACGACGACCGGAACAAAGCCAGAAGUAGACAAUACCCCUGAAAUUCUUGCUGUACCGCAAAAAGGACUGGGCCUGAAAUCAUUGCGUGGUGUAUUGUCAUUUUUCGCCGACAUCGAAAAUCAAGACCUGUCUACUCUGCCGAUGGCAGAACGCCGAGAAAUCCAGUCUCGCUUGGAAAAAGAUUGCGUGGAAGCUGCCAUCGCCCGAUGGAGAGAAGAAAACAAAGCGCUCCUGCAAAUGGGACUGAACAAUUCAUUAUCAACUAACGCUCUGAGUUCGCAACUCUACGAAUGGCAACAGGCUCUGGAAUCUAAAUUGGAUGAGGAGUUUGCGCUGUUUGAUCAAUCGGAAGCCGCCCGCCGGAAAGGGGUCGCGGACCAUGAUCGUUGCGUAUAUGCACCUUUCUUGAGGCUUUCGAACCCGACAAGGCUCGCUGCCGUCACCAUCAUAAGCGUGCUAAAUGCAAUUUCAACAACAGGCGCCGACAAGGGUGUUCAAUUAUCGAAUCUGUUAACUCUCUUAUCGAAGGGAGUAGAGGAUGAUAUUAAAUUUCUGAUACGACAGAAACAGAACCCGCUCUUUUAUAAUAAGCACAAGUCUGGUAAAAGAGUUCGCAAAACAAAAAAGCAGCAAGCCAAAGAAGCAGCAGCAGCAGCAGCAGCAGCAGCAGCACCAGGCGCACCAGGCGCACCAGGAGCUCAGCCCGAUGUAGAGGUUAUUGAAGAUGCGACAGGCACACCGGUUGUUAGGCCAAAAGAAAGCACCGAGAUGCCCGCUAAUAUUAUAGAAAGCACCAAAUAUGAAACCAAGUCAUGGCCUUUACUGAUCAAAACUAAGGUCGGCGUUGUUUUGCUGUCUGCUUUGAUGGAGACUGCGAAAGUAAAGGUGGUCCGAGAGCAUUCAGAGACCAAGGCACUCGUUGGUUCAACCCAACCCGCCCUGACCCAUACAACCAUAUAUCGAAAGGGUAAAAAGGUUGGUUUAGUUAUGCCAAACAAGUUCCUGGUCGAGCUUCUGAAGCGAGAGCCCCCCGGAGAUUUUCUUGCGAGACAUUUACCAAUGCUUGUCGAGCCGGAACCUUGGACUAAGUUCGACAAAGGGGGUUUCUUAGAGUUUCCCUCCCAGCUUGUGCGGGUCAAAAACGGCGAGAAAGAUCAGAAGAUAUAUUCCGAGGCUGCCGUAGAGAGAGGGGACAUGGAACAAGUUAGCAAAGGGCUCGAUGUGCUUGGCCGAACCAGUUGGCGGAUCAACAAGCCUGUCUUCGAUGUCAUGCUCAAAGCGUGGAACACUGGCAAGGAAAUAGCCAACAUCCCUCCACUAGAUCCUGAUCUUCCCAUACCCGCCGAACCCACGUCCGAUGAUCCCUUGACUAGACGAACCUGGCUGAAAGCCGUGAAAGCGAUAGAAAACGAAAAGUCAGGUCUCCACUCUGAACGCUGUUUCAUGAAUUUUCAACUCGAGAUUGCCAGGGCUUUCAAGAACCAGACUUUUUAUUUCCCACAUAACAUGGAUUUUCGAGGACGUGCCUAUCCGCUCCCUACAUAUCUUAACCAUAUGGGCGCAGACCAUGUUCGUGGUCUACUUCGUUUCGCCGAAGGCAAGGAGCUUGGUGACAAGGGGCUACGGUGGCUCAAAGUUCACCUAGCGAAUGUUUUUGGCUACGACAAGGCAAGCUUGAGUGAACGGGAGGCCUUCGCGAUGGAGCAUCUCGAAGAUAUCUAUGAUUCUGCUAACAACCCCUUGACGGGCAAGCAAUGGUGGCUCAAAGCGGAGGAAUCGUGGCAAUGUCUUGCAGCUUGCUACGAAUUAAAGGCGGCGUUGGAAUCCCCCGACCCUACCAAAUAUGUCUCUCAUCUACCCGUUCAUCAGGAUGGUACUUGUAAUGGAUUGCAGCACUAUGCGGCGCUCGGUGGUGAUUCAUGGGGUGCCCAACAAGUGAACCUGGAACCCGGAGAUCGUCCCGCAGACGUGUAUUCCGCAGUAGCAGAGCUCGUUAAAGAAAGCAUCGCGGAGGAUCUAAAGACUGACAACACCUUUGCGAAGGCGGUUGACGGCAAAAUAACGAGAAAGGUGGUGAAGCAGACUGUUAUGACAAAUGUAUACGGUGUCACUUUUAUGGGAGCCAAGGCACAAGUGCAGAAACAGCUCGAAGCAGCCUAUCCAAACAUCCAAAAGGACACAGAAAUACCACCGAAUUUGCUUGCCUCAUACAUCGCCACCAAGAUCUUCAAGGCUUUAUCCACCAUGUUCCGUGGAGCUCAUGAUAUUCAAUUCUGGCUUGGAGAGUGUGCAGGCAGGAUUUGCCGUGCUCUUACUCCAGAACAAAUGAGUCGGAUUUCCAAGGGAGACGAUAAACCGAUUUUGGUCUCGUCCACAAGAUCACGUAGCGUGAAGAAGGAGAAGCCGAUUGCUGAACAGAUUCUCAGCCAGUUACGGUCGACAGUGGUUUGGACCACUCCCCUCCGGAUGCCCGUUGUCCAGCCAUAUCGCAAGAGCGGGACCCGUAUUAUUGAAACUUCCAUGCAGGACCUUACUCUGCAGGUACCCGAGCGCUCCGACCCUGUAAAUAGACGGAAACAGUUACAGGCAUUUCCUCCCAACUUCAUUCACUCCCUGGAUGCCAGUCACAUGCUGCUCUCUGCUCUUGAGUGCGACGAACUCGGUCUUUCGUUUGCAGCUGUACAUGAUUCUUUUUGGACGCACGCUGCAGAUGUUGACAUUAUGAACCGUGUCUUGCGAGACUGCUUCAUUAGGAUACACAGCGAAGAUGUCAUCAAGCGUCUUGCCUCCGAGUUUGAAGCCAGGUACAAGGGCGCUCUUUACCUGACCAAGAUUGAUCGGAAAUCUGCGGCUGGAGAUCUGAUUUAUGCACAUCGCAAAACCGUGAAGCGAAACUUGAAAGAGGAACUUUUGGUCGAAUACGAAAGAUUACAACUACUGUUGUCUAAGGACCCCGAGCAAGUUAAGAAGGGUAAAAAAAUGGUGACGCCUGCUAGCAUCUUCGAAGAUAUGGCCGCUUCUCAACCCCUAUCAAGCACGGAGGACAUGGAAGCAGUAGGCCUGGGCAACAUUCCGGCUGGCAACAAUGCAUCCGGCGCAGCUGUAGCUGACGAUUUGAUGCAUAGUGGCGAGCCAGCUGGGUUAGAUGUGAGCAAAGUUGACGAUGUGGAUGACCAUGACAAUGGCGAUGACGACGCAGAUCCUAGUUUGAUGAAAGAACUGGAAACGAACCGUUUUGAGUCAAGUAUAUCGCUUCAAAAACAGAAAAAGGCCGCUAAAGUGAAGGAGAAGGCGACGAAGAAUAGGGUUUCCACAAUCACUCUGUGGCUACCGCUAACUUUCCCUGAAGUUCCCGAGAAGGGCGAAUUCGAUGUUGGGCGACUCAAGGAUAGUCAGUACUUUUUUUCCUGAGUCAAAAAACCUAUCUCCUACAUACCUAGUAGGGAUACAUUUGGGGGGGGCGGGGGAUGACCUUCAUGGUGGAUUAAGUUCAAGAGUGGACGGCGUUUACGAGAAACAUUAUCUGCUACGUUUUUAUGAGCGAAUGCAUCAUUCGGCGUUUGGUGGUAAAAGGCUGCGCCAUGCAACGGCGUGUAGGAAGACCAAAGGGGCUUGGUGGGACGAUACGAAGGCACUGUACGGUACAGCAUAUACAGUAUAUACACAAGAGCUUUUGAACAGAAUCUGUAUAGUAAGUCGCUCGGGGAAGGGGGGGGGGAGGCGGUCUAACCUAAGUGGUUUUCAGGUCAUGGGGUGGGAAAAGGAUGCGAAAUAGGGGGAACUCCCAUCCACUCCGAUCCAGUCAUGUACAAAAAUCUAUCUAUCACCAAAAUAAAUUCGAAAUAUCUUGAAAGUCGUUUUGGACUGAUCCCGGAGAGGAAAUGAAUUGAAAAAGCAGUAGC